UAGAUUUUUAACGCAGGUGUGUCGUGUGGUGUGGUAGUAUCUGAAGCGUAGGUUGGUCUGGGGAAAGAGAGAGAGAGAGCGAGAGACACACGCAGAGUCACAGAGUCACAGCGGCCAUGGAGACGGCCAUAUGUGGAAGAGUAGCUCUUUCACCUAAUCAUGUCUUCACCCCUAAACUAGGGGAUAAGCAAUCUCUCUAUAAAGGACCAUGUUCAAUUCGGGGCAUUCUUAUGGCUGUAUCAGCGGCUGGAGCAGGCAAAGGAGGUGGUUUAUUGGAAAGGCCAACCAUUGAGAAAACUACACCUGGUCGUGAAUCUGAGUUUGACGUGAGGAAAUCAAGGAAAAUGGCCCCACCUUACCGUGUAAUGUUGCAUAAUGACAACUAUAAUAAGAGAGAGUAUGUUGUCCAAGUUCUAAUGAAAGUUAUACCUGGAAUGACCCUCGAUAAUGCAGUUAAUAUAAUGCAAGAAGCACACCACAAUGGCUUGGCUGUGGUGAUUAUUUGUGCUCAGGCUGAUGCUGAAGAACACUGCACGCAGCUGAGGGGAAAUGGUCUUCUAAGUUCAAUUGAGCCCGCAAGUGGCGGUUGUUGAAGCUCAGUCCUAGAAAAGUGCAUAUAGUUCUACUACUGUUUAUCAAUGUCCUCGGUAUAGUAUUAGAAAUCUGCUUAUUUGUACAUAACUAGAAAAAAUUUCCAUAUUACCAUCAAAUCUUUACUUGAUUAAAUUAAGACAAAGGAGAUGGAAGAUACUACAUUGGAGGAGAUCAAGAACCCAAAAUGAAGGUUGCUUGCACAGUUCAUAGUCUGCAUGCAUGAUAUGUGGCUUGGAUAGGAACAGUUCAGGUAUGGAUUUCCUUGGUUUGUGCCUUGGGGUUGCGCAAUAGGGAUUGUGAACUAUAUAUGGAAUGUGAUUAUUUUUGGUAGGUUUCCCAGAGUUUCGAAAUGCUUGACAUUGAAAUUUCUUUUAUUGGAAGAGUAGAAUGGGAAAUGAGUUUAGAUAUGCUGAUAAACCAA